CCGGAAGUUGCUAGGAACUUUUUGUUACGGUCACGUCUGUCCUGGAAUCGCGAACUUUUCAGAGCUGCGAGUCUAUCUUGGCCGCUGUGAUACAAGUUUAUGACUCCAUGUGUUAUUGUACUAAAGAAUCUCAGUACUUCUGCCUGUAAAUUCUGCCAAGAGGAGACAAGUUCCAGGCCUGAGAAUGGCCGGAGAGCCUCAAGCUCUCGGCGUGGUGAGCCAGUGUGGGGAAAAAUACAAUCCCACCUAUGAAGACCACUUCGAAGCAGGGCAAACUGCUCUAACUGAGGGGGAAUUUGACCGAGCUGAGAGAAACUUCGCCUCGGCCCUUAAACUCGUCCAUCAUCAGUUUUCCCACCCUCAGACGGUUGCUGCCCUUCGUGCCCUGGGCAAUGUGUUCUAUGCUCGAGUCAACAAUGCUUUUUUCUCACCAGCCAAAGAGAAUUCAAAGGAGAAUCUAACACCCGCAGUUAACCCAAUCUCUGCGUCAGAGAAAACGGUAAGUGUGAAGCAAGAUGAGAGCAGGCAAAAUUGCACAGAGAAUGAAGGAAAGCAAACAAAAGAUACGAACUUCCAAGAACGAAGUUUAGCUGACUUAGAACAGAUGGGCACAUGGACAGUAAAUGCUGUUGCUCUCUACAAUUCUGCUAUUGUGCGAUCAAAACAAGACGAGGAGAUUAAAGAAAUACGGACCAGCAUAAGGAACCUUGAAAAGCUCUUUCUUCAGAAUCUUGUGGGAGGAUGGAAAGAGACACAUGCCGGUCCCAUGGAUGUUGACCCCAAGACAAAACUGCUACAAAUCCGUGAAGAAUGUCAAAAGAAGCUUGAUGAACUUGACGCCAUCCGCUAUGACACAGAGCAUGAACUUGACAGAGCUGAGGCUAUCAGGAGUAUCUACAGACAGAUUGCUGCUGACAUCUCAGGUCUUAUCCGGUCGAUGGUGGAAGCAUCAGUUCAAGACUUAGGAGAGCCUCCAUGCAAGUACGCCAUCAUUGGCCUGGGUUCCCUGGCCCGGGAAGAGACCACACCUUACUCUGACUUUGAGUUCGCCAUCUUGCUGGAGGAGGGAGGAGACAGCAAGGAGAACCGUCAGUACUUCAGAAACCUGACAAGACUUCUUCAUCUGAAGGUGAUAGACCUUGGUGAAACUAUUCUCCCAGCAGUUGCCAUAAAAUCUUUGAAUGACUUUUAUUCAGAUGGCCCUGAAAGUGACUGGUUCUACGACACUGGACCCAGAGGCUUUGCCUUUGAUGGUGCCAUGCCGGGGGCUUCCAAAACUCCACUUGGUCGGCCAGAAUACUGUGGCAAACCAGCUCUUGAGCUAAUCAGGACUCCAACCAACAUGGCAAUUCUGCAAACCACAGUCUCUGCUGAAACAUACGGCUUCCAUGUAGACGAAGUGCUGCGAACUGUGGCACACGUAGCCGGGGACAAGAAGCUGGUUGAAGAGUAUGAACAGUUAGUACAGCAAACCCUGAACACCAAGAAUCCUUCAGCAUGCCACAAGCCAGCGCCAGGGAUCAAACCCAAUAAAGAAGAAUCUGCAAAUGUAGAAUCCCAAGCUUCAGAGGCAGAGGUUCAGACGUUAGGUUGUGAAAGAGCCAUGACCUUUUUGAAGGAAAUUCUCCAGUCUUUCAAGACUACCUUGAAAGAGGAUGAAGACGGAAAGCUUUUCCAGGUGAAGAAGGAAAUCUAUCGUCUCCCCAGUAUGGUUGUCAGCGGUUUGGGACUUUUCUAUGCACUGGAGGCAAAGACAGCCUGGGACAUCAUUGAGGAGAUGGUUGACAAGCAUCUUCUCACCAAGGUGGCAUCGCAGAAUCUGAAGGUAGCAGUCAGCAUUGCAACAGAGCUACGACUCCGUACCUAUCUCUCUAACGACAGCCAAAGUGAUGACAUCACUCCCUUGAAACGGAUAGACAAGCUGAGAACGAAAGAAACCUGUAGUCGUGUGGUUCGUGAACUUACCGAUGUCUUGCCUAAAAGUGUUCUUGUACGUUUCUACCAGACCGUCCUCCCCCUUGAAGAAAUGAUGUCUGCUAUCUUGAAGAAGACUGAAAGUGAAGAUAAGGAUGUGACAGCAGAAAGCUUGAUGGAGGGUUGUUUGCUGGACACUAGUGCAAGAACUAGGUCUCUUAUCCUUCUGCGUCUGUCACAGUACGAGGAAGCUAUUGCCCUUCUUGAGGAAGACAUUCAACAAGUUGAGACAAGUUACUCAGCUCUUGACAUGACACAUCAUCUGGGGGUCUGUCAUUACAACCUUGGAAAUGCCUACAGAGGUAAGGGGGACCAGCACAAGGCUAUGGAACAUUACCAGCAAGCCCUGGCACUGUGGAGAAAUGAUUCUAAAGGUGACAGUGAGUACAUAGCUACAGCUCUGCAUGCUCUCGGACACAUUAAUCACAUGUUUGACAGGUUUGAUCAGGCCCUUGAAGCUUAUGGAGAAGCCCUCAAGCUAAGAAAAUGUUUGUCUGAAAAAGAUGAUUCAGAUUGUGAAUUCAUUGCGCAUACUCUGCAUGGCAUGGCUUCAGUAUACAAGGACAUGGGUGACUACAAUACUGCACUGGAUCUGGAAAGCCAAGCAUUAGAAGCAGCCCAGAAGAUGUAUGGCCUGCACAGAGCUCAUUCUGAAACUGCAACCUAUCUCUCUGGCAUGGGGAGCAUCCAUCGUGAGAUGGCAAACUUUAAGGAGGCAAGAAGAUGUUUUCAAGAGUCUUUAAGAAUGUUCAAAUCUGUUGUGGGAGAGAACGUUGCUCACCCUAGUAUAGCUGCACAGCUGACUGCCCUAGCUAAUCUAGAUAAGCAGUCCCAGUGGUCGAAUCUCGACUGUGUCUCCAAAUACUUCCAGGCGCUUGAGAUAUUUCAUAUUCUCUACGGAACAGAGGGAAAGACAGAUGAGAUUGCAAGUGUCCUAGGCAGUAUUGCCAACUGUUUGGAUGACUUUGGUCACCUACAGGAUUCAGAAAAGUAUCACCGUGAGUCCUUAGACAUGUUCCUGCAUGUCUAUGGAAGUGAUGAUAACCUGAAAGUUGCAGGGGCAUACAAUGACCUCGGCAGUUCUCUUCUCCAAGCAGGGAGGAGUGAGGAGGGACUGGAGAUGAUGGAAAAGGCCUUGCAGAUGAGACAAGCCGUUUUUAAAGGGAGAGAAGCUCCCGAGAUGGUCAGUUCCAUUUCCAACCUGGGAUACACUCACUUGAAACUGGGCAACAUUGACAAGGCCACUCAGUACACAAAAGAAGCAAUAGCCAUGGCAACAAACCUUCACAAGGUCAAUAAACUGCACCCAAGCAUCAUUAUUCCCAUGCAGACACUUGGGGCAGUUUACAUGGACAAGAAAGACUGGGCAUCAGCACUGGAGCUAUUUGAGAAAGUCCUGGAAAUGGAACAAUCCAUAUUCAGAGGCCCCCAUCCUUUAGUGGGCAUGACUUUGUGUAAUCUGGGCUGUGUACAUGGUGCAAUGUUGGACCACAAAACAGCCCUGCAGUACCUUCAACGUGCAGACAAGAUGUCAGAAGAUAUGUUUGGGGAGGGCACACCACAUCCACAGGUAGCCCUGAUAUGGAACAACAUGGGCCUCAACUACAAGGACAUGGGAAACAUUCCCAAGGCUUUGGAAUAUCUUACACGCUCGCUCCAAAUGCGGGUGGCUAUCUACGGAGAAGACUCCCCUCACCCUGACAUUGGCGCAUCCCUGAGUAACAUGGGCAUCCUGAUGGGAAAGCUUGGGAACGUUGAAAUGGCUGCCACAUGUUUUGAGAAGGCCUUGAAGAAGUUCUGUGGUAGCUAUGGCAACAGGAAUCACCCGUCAAUAGCAGGUACUCUUGACAAUCUGGGCAUCAUUUUCUUCGAAAAAGGAGACUACCACAAAAGUCUGAAACACCACAGGGAGGCACUUGAGAUGAAACAGGACCUGUACAAAGGAAAACCCAAUGUUUCCAUAGGCCUGACUCUUAACAACCUGGCAAAUACCUACAAGGCUCUUGGAGAGCAUGAAACCUCCCUAGACCUGUUCAGACAGUCUUUUGACAUCUAUGAAGGUGUGCAUGGAAAAGGAGCACAGCAUCCUGACAUUGCGCAAGGUUUGAUUGGCAUCGGAAAUCAGUAUGUAAACCUUAAGAGAAGCCAUGACGGUAUCAAACUUCUCCAAAAGGCCCUGAAAAUGUUAGAGGAAUUCCAUGGCAUUGACACCCCUCACCCAGAUAUUGCCACUUGUCUCAACAACAUUGCUUUUGCACAUGAUGAGUUAAAAGAGUUUGACUCUGCCAUGCAACUCUACCAAAGAGCAUUGGAAGUUUGGAGACAACUGUUUGGGAACGAACACCCCAAUGUGGCCGUGGCUUUGAAUAAUCUUGCGUCAGCAUGCACUAGUGCAGGUGACACCACAUGUGCCAUGGCGUAUUUUGAAGAAGCAGUGAAGAUCUAUCAGCUGUCUCCAUGUAAUCCUGCAGCACAUCAGGCUUUCUUCAACCUGGCAAAAGUCUGUCUUCUCCAAGGGAAUAAUGUCAAAGCCUUGGCAAACUAUGUGCAAGGCAUCAAUGCCCUACAGUUACUACCAGGUGAUGUGUCACUCCGCCCAGAGCUGGUCAUGGGACUGAAUUCUGCUGCACAGAUUCUGUUUGAUGGGAAAAGCUACAAGGAAGCAGCAGAGUACUGGGAAAAGGCCCUGACUGCACAGUCACAGAUGAGAUCAGCUCCAAAUGUGGAUGUAGGGAAGAUGCAGUUCAACCUGGCUAGGUGCUACAGUGAACUUGGAAAUGUAGGAAAGGAGCGUACUCUCCACGAGCAGGCCUUACAGACACGGCUAGAGCAGCAUGGGGAGAACAGCACCAAUGUAGAUGUAGGGCUGUCCCUCUUACAUACAGCAAAGGUACUACAGACAGCUGGAGACCACCAGCUAGCUGUCCUGUAUCUUCAACAGGCUGUCCAAAUUUUCCAAGGGUUGUCAGAGGCAUCCCCUGAGUUUAAGACAUUUCUGGCUGCCGCAUACAAGAGUGACACAUAUCAGUCCACGGGAGACCAGGGUAGCAAAGUCAAGUACCUGUCAGAGAUGAUGAGGACACUACAGUCCACCAACCAGGAGGUAGAGGACUCUAUCUUUGAUGAUCUAUCACCAGAGACCAAAAGCUUGCUUGAGAAGUUUCCGGGACUGAGACCAACUUUGAAGAAAGCAGCUACUACCAUAAAGAUGCUAGGGUCCUGGAGGAGUGCUGAAGACUUGAACGGAGCAGCUCCCCUGAUGUGGAGUGACCUCAUGCUGCCCAGGAGGACCAUGUCUAAACCUCAGCUACAGUUGUUUGGCCACUUCUUAGCAGACAUUGGAGCUGCAGAGCAAUUCCAUGGCCUCAUCAAGUUCAUGGAAAAGUCAUAUGAGGAUGUCAUCGGCAGUGAAGUCCCAUUCCAAUGUCUGAUGAUGAUUGGUGGGCUGUGUAUGGGGCUGACUGACAGCAGCGCCCUCAUGUGUCAUCGGCUGGUAACUGCAGGGAUGGUAGAAGUGCUGUGUGGAUGGCUCGAGAACUUUAAAGAUCAAUAUCCACAAGACCAGAACCGCUCCAGUUUGGUGACCUAUGCCAUCCACACCCUCCACAACUGCAGUAAAGUGCCUGAUGUCAGACCAGCACUGAAGGAACAAAAUAUCAGCAAACUACUCGUACCUUAUCUGAAGAUUGAGGACAUGGGCACCAGACUUGCAGCACUACUGGCCACCUCGUACCUGACUGAUGAUGAGCCUCCUGAGGCAGACAGUGAUAUCCUGGACCACAUCAUCAACAAACUGGACAAAGCUCUCCAGGAGGAAUCCAGAUCAGCAGAGGGGUACUCAGCCAUGGAGCUUGUCAUGGGAAUAGGCACCCUUUGUGGGAAUGCUGCAAACAGAGCAGGUUUCCUGGAGAGGUCAGCAGCAGCACUGGUGGAGAGACUGAUGGAGGAAGGGGAUGAGGAGGAAACAGAGGCAGCAGCAAACACCAUCUGUACACUCCUGGCCGAAUGAUGAGGGGGGGGGGGAACACAGUUUUAACUGUGUGAAUGU